AUGCAGGGAGUUCUUUGCCGUACAUUACAAGGUCAUGGUCACUGGGUCAAUACUUUAGCAUUAAGUACAGAUUAUGUGCUUAGAACAGGGGCAUAUGAUCCAUCCAAGUCAUCAACAUCACACCAAGAGGAGGAUGUCGCACAACUGGCAGAGGACAGAUAUAAUUCAGCGAAGGGUUCAGGACCUGAAAGAUUAGUUUCUGGGUCAGAUGAUUUCACUAUGUAUCUAUGGCAGCCAUCUGAAGAUAAAAAGUCAAUAUGUCGAAUGACUGGACAUCAACAGUUAAUAAAUGAAGUCUUAUUCUCACCGGACACCAGAAUAAUUGCAAGCGCUUCUUUUGAUAAAUCAGUAAAAUUAUGGGAUGGAAAGACAGGGAAGUAA